UCAUAUCAAAUAUGUUUACAGCUAGGAACGAAUAUGAUAGGGGUGUAAAUACCUUUUCUCCCGAGGGGAGAAUCUUUCAGGUGGAAUAUGCCCUAGGGGCCAUUAAACUUGGAAGUACAGCACUUGCAAUCGCAACUAAAGAAGGCGUCAUUUUUGCGUCUGAACACCGUGUAAAUUCACCGCUAAUGGAAUCGGUUUCAUUGGAAAAAAUAAUGGAAAUCGACACUCACAUCGGAUGCACAAUGAGUGGUCUAAUUGCAGACGCUCGCACGCUAAUUGACCAUGGCCGCUUGGAGUGUGCAAACCAUAGAUUUGUAUACAAUGAACCUUUGGCUAUAAGGUCCUGUGUUGAGUCAAUAGCGGAUAUGGCUCUCGACUUCUCAGAUAUAUUUGAUACAAGAAAAAAGAAAACCAUGAGUAGACCUUUUGGUGUUGCGCUACUGGUAGGCGGAAUCGACAUAGAUGGCCCCUCUAUUUGGUGUGUCGACCCCUCUGGGACCAGUAUCAAAUAUAAAGCAUCGGCAAUAGGUUCUGCUCAGGAAGGUGCGGAAUCCGUACUACAAGAAAGAUAUAGAGAUGAUAUGAGUUUCAGAGAUGCCGAGCUGCUUGUACUGGAAGUACUCCGCCAGGUUAUGAAAGAUCAGAUGACGACUAAAAACAUUGAAAUGGCUCGCAUAAAAAUUCAUGACAGACAAUUCAGGGAAUAUACAGAGGAUGAAAUUGGUGAAAUUAUUCAAGAUUUACCACAAAUGGAGAAUAUGUAAUCCUAAUAAUAGUACAAUGAGACACAAAUGAGACACGAUUAAUGUGCCGAGCCAAACAUACCGUAUCACAUAAUAAAAUGGGCUGCUGUAUUAGUAGGGCGCCAAAAUUAAAUAAAGGCGAAUCUCUUUCAGUGGCGGCAAAGGAUAAUUAUAGCGUAAAACCGUAAGUUUUUUCUGGGUUUUCAGGGAUAUGGCCGUUCACCACAC